AUGUCUGGUCCAGGCUACAGGCUAGACUCCGACGGAGACGUCGAGAUGUCGAUCCCCCAGCCGAUCUUCGAGGUCAUCCGGGCACCGGAGCUGUCCAGCUGGGACCAUGCUGCUCUGAUAGAGUGGUAUCGCGAAUGGGAGCGCUAUGUGGAGAAGAUUCGGCACCGCUGCGCGACAACCGGCGAGACGUUUGAGAACAAGCCGCUCGCCUCAGUGACGGAUGCUGACAUCAUGAAUGCUGUCAAGGCCCGCCGUCAUACGCUCAAGAACGAGUUCGUGCCAGAUGUCACGUCUCUGUUCCGUCAGAAGCUCAAGAUGGACCUCUCGGUGGAUGACUGCGACGCACGCGUCUUCCGCUAUUACGAGGACUUCGAUGGGAUUUCCGAGGCGGGCUACAAGAGCAGAGUGAAGGCUCGUUGUCGCAUCUUGGUGGACAACCUACAGCCUUCUGUUCUCAAAGCCCAAAUCACUCGGCUUAUCGACUUGGAGAGGCGUGACUGCAGAUCUGAUGACGUCGCCCUCUUCGACCUGAUACUGGAACACGCGAAGGUGCAACAGCGUUUCCAUCGGCUGUCGCACGAUUACGCGAUGAAGGCCGACACCAAGGUUGGGCGACCGGCAGAACGCAAGUCACAGCGACCAGGGACUGUCACGCCUGCAAUCUGA